AAGACGAAGAAAGAAGGGGGAGGUAGAAGAGAGAGAGAGAGAGAGAGAGAGAGAGAGAGAGAGAGAGAGAGAGAGAGAGAAACUGCAGCAAAGAAAGAAAGACAGAAAGAAAGUUAAUUGGCGUUGUUUCAUUUUCAGAUUUUUAAAGACGUUGUAGAUGCUUGUUUCCUCCCCAGAAGGUUCGGAUACAUGCUGUGACGCUUCUGCGACUCCUUCACACGUUUCUUUGUGUCUCUCUUGUUUCACUCUUUCCACAAUUUUUUUGGAGUUCGUUUUUCUUUCCAGCAGGAUUGUAAGGAAUAGCGGGGACUCUCCGAGGAAGCGGCUCGGUGUUCAGGAUUGAACUAAAACAUCGUUUUAUUAGUCCUGGUGAAGUGGAAAGACAUCAUUAAGCCGCUACCAGAUGGAUGUUCUUGCUUCUCCUCUCACAUGCAGCACCAUGAGAGUCGCGACGUGGAAACUUUCAGGCCACAUCAAACAUCUCUCCAGGUCCCAUUAAACCGAGAUGUAGCCCACGUGCCAUGACACAUUUUUUUUUAACUUAUGUUUAUUUUAUCUGAGAUAUUUAUUUUUAGUUGCAUAUACAAACCAGGUCUUGAAUGAUUAUUUUAUUCUUAUUAUUAUUAUUAUAAUUAUUAUUAUUGAUUUUUAAAAAAAAAAUCCAUUUCUUUUUGUCUUGUCAUUUCACCUGCUGUAGAAACAGAAAGACUUGAACAUUUUGUGUUUACACUGUAUUUAUGAUACCAUAUUUAAGCUGUAGUCUUUCGUGUGUCGUUUUCAUAAAGAAAAAAAAACACAGUGUUUGUUAACACUUAUUCAGGCUAUUUAUUAGAAAUCGUACGUCAUGGAGAGAAUCGGCACCAAAUUGAAGCAAAAGUUUAAACUGGCUGAUUCCGGCAGUGUCAAGUUUAGCAAAAAGAAAAAUGAACUCUCCAACACAAAUAACAACAGUAACAGUGUAAAUAGUGCAGCGCCGGUUGUGACCCACUUGAACCCGGCACCGACUCCGUCACCUGCGAGUACGGCUCAGUUCAGCCUCACCUGCUCACCCACAGUUGAGUCAUCUUCAGGUGUCAGAUCGGUAAAAGUAGUCAACUCUCAGAGGGUGUCUUCCUGUACCACCUCCUCAUCUGUACCGGAAGAAUCUGGGUCUUCGCUCGAACACCACCAAGUGACACCUUUGCGGCGGCGCUCACCUCAGCAGCGUGUGUCUUGCUACCUGCCUGACACUGUGGAAGGCCGAGGUAUCUGUGAACAGUCCAGGCGUUCUGAUUUGAACCAAGGUGAGCAUGCUGACCCACAAGGUGCUUACAGCCCCAAUUCACGGGUGGCCCUAAACCAGCGACGGUAUUCUCUGGAGCUUCAACAACUUGUAAGAAGGCAGCAGCUACUUGCCCAGCCUCCACUGUCUUCCAUGCCACCACCGUACCCAACACCUGGUCCAGUCACCCGUUCAGGUUCUGCCGAACCAAGCUUUCUGCCUGAACCAGAACGCCACAAGCGCCUCUCCCUACAGGAGGCACUGUUCUACAAACGCUGGAGCUCAGGAGGGGAGCCAUGGGACAGUGGCAGGCCGGCAUCACUUUCACAUCCUCCAAUGAGGAGCCACGAAGGUACAGGGGCUACCUGCCUGUUUCCCUCUGGACCAGCACUGAGUCCCUGCUCAUCCUUUAGUUUGCAGGAGUCUGUUUUGGCGAGCCCACGCUCCAGCUUCGCCAGUAGCACCGCUAGCGGAGGAGGUGGUGGUGGAGGAGGAGGAGGAGGGGGCACAAGUGGAAGUCCAAUCGGAAGCCCAUGCAGCAGCAACCGCACUAGCGGUAUUAGCCUUGGCUACGACAGUCGCCAUGUGUCUUGCCCUGCUCAGCCACUGCACUUCUCCUCCACGCAGCUAGGUGCUGCCACCAUUGGGCAUGUGUACCCAACGUCUGGCCCUGGGAAAGCCGGAGCACCCCCGAUAGAGCUGUGGAGGGACUAUCUAGAACGAACAUCGGGAAUUGGAGGAGGUUUUCAAGAUGGCCGUCAUUCGUACCCACCAGCAGGCAGUUCCCCAGCAGCAACAGAGUGGUGGAGUGGCACAGAGCAGCGGGGACUGCGGACAGAGAGUACAGGGGAGCGGAUGAGGCACUCAGACCUGCCGGGAACUCACUACCAGCAGGAGCUGACACGCCUCCUACUGCGGGACAUGACCCUGGAGGGAGAGGAGCAGCUGGGAGGACUAGCCUUGAGGGAGAAGCCGCUGUCCACCUCUGCACCUCCUGCAGCCAGUGUAUCAGUGGCGGCGAAACCUCAGGAGGAACAUGUGUCUCUGAGGGAACCAUCGUCAGCCCUUGACCGACAAGAAUUUUUUGGAACAUGUGUGAAGUGUGGAAAAGGUGUGUAUGGUGCAGAGAAUGCUUGCCAGGCUCUGGACAGUCUCUAUCACACUCGCUGCUUCACCUGUGUGUCUUGCGGUCGCACACUUAGAAACAAGGAUUUCUACAAUGUCGGUGGAUCAGUUUACUGUAAGGAGGAUUACAUGUUUUCUGGCUUCCAGGCAGCAGCAGAAAAAUGCUGUGUGUGUGGCCACCUGAUCCUUGAGCAGAUUUUGCAAGCCCUGGGGAAUUCGUAUCACCCAGGCUGUUUCCGCUGUACAGUCUGCUCCAAGACUCUGGACGGCGUGCCUUUCACAGUAGACUACCUCAAUAACGUCUACUGCGUUGCAGACUACAACAGGACAUUCGCUCCUAAAUGCGCUGCCUGUUUACAAGCUAUUUUACCUGCUGAGGGCAGUGAGGAGAUUCUCAGGGUGGUGUCCAUGAACAAAGACUAUCACUUUGAGUGCUAUCACUGUGAGGAAUGUGGGAAGCAGCUCUCCGAUAAACCGGGCUCUCAGUGCUUUCCCCUGGACUCCCAUCUCCUCUGUCACUCCUGUCACAUGAGCAGGGUGUGCACCUCUCACAACCUUCCCCCACAAAACACACACUGAACAGGGGGAGACGUCAUUCCGUUGGACCAACGUACACUGCUUUGUGACCAAGAUUAUUUGUCAUUGUCUUUUUAAAGUAUUUGAUCUUUUCUUGUUCUUUUUCCACCACCUGCACACACACGGUACAGAUUGCAACACUGAAAAGAGGUGGUGUGAUGGUAUUGACUGACACCCCCCCCCAACUUGAGGUCGUACAUUUCAAGCAUGGAGCUAGACAGAUAUGUCCCUCUAGUGGCCAGUAAGUUCACAGAGGCCUGCUGACUAAACUUUCAGUACAAGGUUUGAUCACCUGACUUAAGUUAUUAGGGAGAAUGAAAGUCAUUUUGAGCUACUGUUUAUUCUCAUAUCUGCUGUAGAAAAAAAAUACAAGGGAUUAUUUCUUAACUUUAAAAUAUUUAAUAUCACUAGCAAAGAUUUUGCACUUAAAUGAACAUGUUUACCUUUUAAGAUUGUUUGUUUUUAAAGAAAUGUUUCUGCAAAAGAAUAAAAACAUUCCUGUAUCUGUCUUAUUAAUAAACUUCUUUCUAUCUCA